AUGGCGGAGAGAGAAUCAACAACAAAAGUUGAAACGACAGCGAAAGUGGGACUGAGAGCGUCCUCUGUGCCUGGUAACAUAAGAAGAGAACUUGCUGAUGUCAUUUCUUCACCAGAACUAACCCGACGUGUAUCCCCUUCAAGACCCCAUGUAAUGUCUGAGGAUAAUGUAAAAGAAAAAAUAGCGAAAACACGAUCAAGUGGUAAAACCUCUCUGCAAAAGCAAAGGAAAAAUCAGCAGCAAUCAGGAUCACAGCGGUUAACUACAAGUCGGAAGCUCCAGUGCAUUGAUGAUGAUGAUGAUGAUGAUAAUGAUGAUGAUUAUCAUCAUGAACAUGAUACUGAAACUGAAACUGAAAAUAACUAUGCUGAUGACCCGAAAACAUUAGCCCCCACUGGAAGAGCAGUCUCACAUACUGUUUGGAGUGAGAAGACGACAAAUACUAGUUGUAUCUCUGAAAAUGAUUCACUCCUAGAGAGAUUACGGGAAAAGGAGAAACAAUUUGAUGAAAAAAUUACAACUCUUGAUGAGACACUUUGGUGUGCUGAGAGAGGUCGCAAGGAGCGGGACAGUAUAAUUGAAAAUCUUCGUGCUGAAAUAUCACGUCUGCGAUCCCAAUUAGAUCUUGCCAGUGCAGCAAAGAGUCAGACAGAUGAGUUGCGAGAGCGUAUCCUAAAGGAGCGAACAGUGGCUCUAGAGGAGGCACGUGCUAAGAUCGAAGAACUUAAUGAUAUCAUCUGUAAAAAAGAUAUUCGUAUACAACGAUUGGAAAUGGAGAAAGAAAGAGAGGUUAAACUACAAAGUACUAAAAACCUAUCUUAUCGACCAGAAGUGGCAGAAACUGUUGCAACACUGUCAGUAGGAAGGAGUGGACGACAACAAAAACAACAACAACAACAACAACAACAACGUCAAAAGAGUUCCAAAAUUCCUAUUGGUAUUGGUCAAGAUAAUCAUGUCAAGGAUAAACGAGAGAAAGAAAGAGAACAUCACGAACGCUAUGCUGCGACACUGCGUGCCAUGCAAGAUGAAGUUAAUGCACUUGAGCGUAGUCAUAAUGUCACCAGGAAAGAUCGUGAGGCAUUGGCAGAAGAAAAUCAUGCGCUUCGUUGUAAAUUAGAGGCGAUACAAGAUGGAAUGGAAUCACGUGUUGCAGAAGCCAUGAAGGUGAUGCGUAAUAAUAUAGAUAAUAAACGUGAACUAGAGGCUGAGGUAGUAGCGACACGUCUAAGUAUGGCGCGAUUAUUACGACUUCUUAGUGAGGUUCCAGAGAUGCGACGUUUUCUGCGAGUUAAUGAUAUAGAUGGGGAAAUGAUUUUUAUUGGAUACUCUGCGGCAACAAUAGCCUCAAAAUCAUCAACGACGAGAAGUCCAUCAGCUGCCAAAAAUAUAAAUAAUGAUGAUGAUAUGCAUAAGAGGCGUCAUAUUUCCUUGUUUCCUGGAGUAUUAGGUACAGGUGUAGAUGAUGGUAUUUAUGGUGGAAACACACAAUUACAAUCAUGUAAUGUGUACCUUAAUGGUCAGUGGUGUAAACAGCUUCAAGAAAUUAUUGAUGAUGAAAACUAUUUUCUGCGACGAUCAAAAAUUCAUAUUGGUGAAUUAGAGGAAACGAGUCGAGGUGGUAGGGGUGAAAAUAAUUUGCGUAUUCCAUCACCAUGUGAUGUGUUGCAAGGACGUCAGCAUGAAAAAGAUUUUUGGAUUCCGCAUGCUAUUUUUGUAGAAGCGCAAAAGUUUAAAAAUCGAUACUUCUCCUCUUUAAGUCAUGAGUGUUUUUAUCCUUUUUUCAUCAAUAUUAAUAAAAUUUGGAAUGAAAAAAUGAAAUACCGUGUAGCAGCUGAGACUCGAAGACGGAUUCAAGAACAACAACAACAACAAAAACAAAAACAAAAACAUAAUCGAUGCUUAAAGAAUGAACGGGAAAAUGAUUAUCUCUCAUUUGGUGAUUCACCACGUCUUCUUUCCUCUUCCGCAUCAGCACUCUGGCGUCAACUGCAGACAUUGCGGGGUGAAGUGCGUAGACGAGUUACAGGAAAGAAUAGUCUUGAAUUAUUUAAUCUCUACGAUCAGUUGGCAAGAUGUACUUUACAGCACCUUAAGGAUGUGCAGACUGAACAUGCUACUUUAUUAGAACAACAUCAAUACCGUCAUCGUCUUGAACGUGCUCGAGCAGAGAUUGGAGUAGUAGAUGAGUAUGAUAAAAUAGAUUCUAGAAAUGAAAGAGAAAAUGGAAACAAUAUUGAUACUGGGAAAACUAUUGCUAUUCUUCGUCAAGCUCUAACAUCCCUUGCAGAGGAAGUGCAAGAUAUCAGUGAACGUGCUUCUUCUCGAGUAACAACCUCGUGUCGUGAUCUACAGCAAUUUCUUAGUGCACUACGUGAUCAGCAGCUAAGAGUAGAUUCAAGUGAUCAUCAACAUUCACAGCAUCAUGAGUUAACUAGAGAUGAAAAUCUUGGUAUUUCUCAGACAAGAACAUCAGAAUAUGUACCCGCAUUAACAUUGUUUCGUAUCAUUGAUGGGGUGCUUGGUUUUGUUGAAGAAGUUGAAAAAGAAACCCUUGCUGCAAGAAACUCUUUAUUUAGAUGUACCGCUCGAGUUGAUGAGAAAAAGGAACUUCUUCUUUCAGACAGUGAUAUUGACAAUGACAGUGAUAUUGGGGUUGAUGAUGAUGAUGAUGAUGAUGAUAGUGAUGAUAGUGAGGAUUAUAACAAGGUUAGCCAAAGAGGGGCAGAGGAGCAUGAAGAUGGGCUACUACUACGACGAGAGUGGUAG